GGAGAAGGACGUGGCUUCGCGCGCGUCUCCGGCCCCGAGCGAGAGGUUGCCGCUGUUUGUCGUCAGCGCAUAUCUUCGCUCGAUAAAAAAGAAAACAAAACAAUAUUUGACUUUUAAUUUACUGUUAUUUGGCAUAAAAAAGGAGGAAUACCGUGUUGGAUUUAUCUUCUCUUAGUCAUUUUAAACGAAUCAUAAAAACUGACGAUGGAUUAAAUUGGAAAGGUGAGAAGAAUUUACCUGGCUUCCUGGUAAGAAUAUAAACAAUACCGAAAUUUGAAGAUUUCAAAACCCGAAAUAUCUCUGCGUGACUGCAACAGAUAUCUCAAGAGACGCCUGGCCAUGAGGGGAUAUCUGGCCAGAGUCACGCUCAUUGCUUCGCUUCACCUGGUCUCAGCGAAUUACCAGCAAGAACCCGAGGAGGUGGUGUUCGACUGGUCCUCCUGGUGGAGCUACGACGGGAUCUCCGGCCCUGGCUUCUGGGGCAUCAUCAACCGGCGCUGGAGGCUCUGCAGCGACGGCAGGAGGCAGUCGCCCGUCGACCUCGCCACCGCCGCCGUCGUCUACGAUCACACCUUGUCUCAGCUCGACCUCGCUUCGCAUAAGAUUGACGGGACGCUCUCCAACACGGGCUUCGGCCUCCGGUGGACAGCCAACGCGGGCCAGACGUGGGAGGUGAGGGGCGGGCCGCUGCACUACGCCCACACCCUCACCCACGCCGUCCUCAGGUGGUCCAACGCCUCGCCGGCCACGCCCACGGUGGGGUCGGAGCACAGCAUCGAGGGCCAGUUCUUCCCGGCGGAGAUUCAGCUUUACUUCUACAACAGCGACUUGUAUCAGAAUUUUAGCCAAGCUCUUGACAAGCCCAAUGGCGUUCUGGGAGUUUCCGUUCUUCUGAAGGUCGGCUGGCGCCCUAACCCCGUGCUGAAGAUCUGGAUGGAUCACAUACACAUGGUUCCACACAGAGGUCCGAAGUAA